AGGACCAAAAAAAAGAAGAAGAGAAAUGAAAACAAAAUUCUAUAUAAUGUAAUAAUUUUCAUAUUUUGAGAAUUUUCGUAGCUGAAGUGAUACACCUGAACUUCUGAUGAUAAACAAAACACCCAGUGUUUAAUAAAAUGAUAAUAGAACGGAAGUCAAGAACAGUAGUAUAAUACAUGCAAGGAGUGUAUUGAUAUGAAUAUGGGAGGUCUUCAUUGUUCAAAAGAUGCUCUGACAGAUAUGUUUGGAUGGUUUCUUCAAGUUCUUCUUGCUUGUUUAGCAUUUACUUGUCUCAUAGCUAAAAGAUUUUGCGAACCGAAAGCUGAAAGACGGUCAUGGCUUAUUUGGUUUUAUGAUACUUCCAAGCAGGGAAUGGGUUCCAUGGCUAUUCACUUAGCGAAUGUUUGGCUCGCUGGCCAGUAUAAGGGAGAUCCAUGUACCUGGUAUUUGAUUAACUUUCUAUUAGAUUCAUCUCUGGGACUUCUGAUACUCUUCAUCGGAAUAAGAUUGAGUCAAUACCUGGCAAGGGUUAAAAGAUGGGAAUAUAUCAACUUUGGAGAAUACGGAAAACCACCUUCUGCCAAUGCCUGGAUGACUCAGUGUUGUCUAUAUGUAUGUUUGAUGAUUAUUGUGAAAAUUUCGAUAACAUUAUUCAUGCAGUUAGACUUUUGGGAGAAUGUGAAGAAAUUCAUUUUGUCCCCCAUACCAAAUCCCAGAGUUGAAGUUGCAUUUGUGAUGCUCAUCAUUCCAUUCUUUGUAAAUAUGAUAAUGUUUUGGGUGACUGACAAUUUCUUGAUGUACAAAGAUCCUUUGAAAAUGAGAAGAGAUAGCUCAGAGGAGAGUCUUUUGCAGAAGGUGCAUGUUAAGUAUCGUUCUCUGAGGAAAAAGAAUAAUAUAUUGAAAGAUUCAGAAUGUGAUGUAUUGCUCUCUGAAGAUGAUGAGAUGCUGGAUCCGGAAACAUCUGUAAAGAGGGUAGUAGUGACCUGAUGUGACCAUUCGGUCAAAUAUCUCGACCUACACAUUCCAAAUGGUUCUAUAAUUUCGCAGUAAUAACACAUCGAUUAGUUGAUUAUGAACAAUCUGUAAAUAGAAUAUUGUAAUAUAAUCAAUUUAUUUCAUUUUGUUGAAGCAAGAUGUGAUUUAAAUUUUGCUAACUGAGAUUAUUACAUUUAACGAAAAUUGUAUUGGCAAAAUAUUCAACUUCUUGAUAAUGUUGAAAUAAGAAUAGAUAUGGUGAAAAA